UGGUCAUGUGACCGACAUCAGCUGAUCAGCAGCGCGGAUGGCGGAACUGAAUGAAAACAUGGUGGCUUUACUGAACGCAUUAACUAAUGAGGAUUGUCGGAAACUGUGCCACAGGGUGGUUGACGGUCUGUGUGGGCGGGAGCCUCCUCACAGGGGGGAUUACAGCACCACCUGGAGUCUGCAGGAGUGGCUGGAGCUGCUCGGCUCACUGACAGCUCUGUUCCGUCUGGCAGUGGUGAACAAGACCUCCGAUGAAGUGGUCUUCUCUGAUGUACAGGUGCUGUCUUCUUUGUCCAAUGUGAGCACCAGCCUAGCGGAGGCUGUGCUGAGUGUGCUGAGAGCCAGAGAGGAGGAGAUCCGCUGCGCUCUGCUGGACAGAACCAGCUCCAUCUCCACUGCCAGGCUGCAGGACUUUGACUGGCAGCUCAAGUUAGCUCUGUCCAGUGAUAAAAUAUCAUCUCUCCACACUCCUCUGCUCUCACUCAGUGUGGAUGUGCAAGAAAAUGGAGCCCACCGGUCUGUCACUGUGGAGAUGAACAGAAAGGAGCUAGGCAUGCUCAUCAGUUCAUUAGAGUCUGCUAAUAAGGUAGUGUUGCAGCUGAAAUGAUGGAAAAAAAAAAAAAUUUGUGAACCACUGGUCUUCAAGCCACGACCACAGAACAUCCAGAAGAGGAAUUUUAUGUUGCUCAAAUGAGUGAUAAAGGAUAGCUGCCAUAAUUCAGACAGGAUUUCAAUUGUCAUAAUGAUCUGAUGGAUUCUCAGUCAUGUAUUUAAGCAGUUGGAUACUUUCACUUUGUUUUUCUAAUGCAUUAUGUUCAAUAAAUGUUUAUUUUGCAUUUUA